AUGGAGCAACUAGCACACAAGUCUACACCGGUGUCUCAUUCGGAAAGGAGAGAUCCAUCGAACACUGCCGAGCGCGGAGGAGACAAACCAACGCGUCGCAGAAGCCAUCGACCAAGAGGUUGUCGAGGAGGGAGCAAUCGUCGGAAGAACAAAGGGGGCGAAAACAAAAAUUCAUUGAACAAGCCGAAGAGGGGAUUAACUAAGAAGCAGGGGUCGUUCAAGAAUCAGAGGUCUAGCUUCAACAAGGGGUCGAAAGCAAGCACUUUGAACGCAUUGUCCGUCGUGGGAAGCCAUGCUCCGGCAAAUAUGGGGCGACACAUGGGGGUUCACGAGUAUGAUCAAGCACCGUCACUCCAAGAAUAUGGAUAUGGAGCUCAACCAGGGGAUAUGUAUUAUUCGCCAAACUCGUCUUCUUCUUCCGGAACCGAUCUUCAGGAAUCGCUAUCCGAGUCUUCAGAAGAUUGUAUUCCCAACCCUAACUCUCGAUCUUUUCAUUUAGAUCCACAUGAUGGGGGGCUCAUUCUUCCUCCUUUAGCUUCUACAAACCUUCAGGAGCCCGAACCAGUAAAGUUCCGUGGACCCAACCCGUAUGCAUUGCAUCAAUCCAACAUCCACAACAUUUCGUACCCUCGACUACCUGUUUAUGGGAUGCACAACAAUAACAACAACCACCACGGCAACAUUGCUCAGAUUCCCGAUGGGGACGACACGAAACAAUUUUACUGCCACGGAAAUGGAUACAGUGAGAAUCCAGCACAUGCUGACGUGCUUGCCCUCAAUCUUCCUGGAUUGGAAAGCAAAAUGGCACAGUUGUCGAAACAACAGCCACCCCGCCCAGUCCGCAGCGGUGGUAGUUUGUUUUGCACAUCUCCACGAUCGUUUUUGAUGGGGACUACGAAGGACCAUAGUACUACACGAUCAGAGUAA